AUGGAAGAUGCAAAUGACACCACAGAGAUAAACUCCAUUCCUUUAGGGCUUUUUAACUACACUCAGACCCAUCUCUUCCUCUUUUCAAUGGUGCUCAUGCUCUUCCUCAUCUCCCUGAUGGGCAAUGCCCUCAUGAUUGUGCUCAUCCAUGAGGACCCCAGACCCCAGCAGCACACACCCAAGUACUUCCUGCUUAGCCAGCUCUCCCUCAUGGACAUGAUGCUGGUCUCCACCAUAGUCCACCAAAUGGCAACCAACUACCUGAUGGGCACCAGAUCCAUCUCUCCUGCUGUCUGUGGAGCCCGGAUUUUACUGUUUCCCAUGCUGGGAGAGGGUGAGUGCUUCCUCUUAGCGGCCAUGGCCUAUGACCGCUAUGUGGCCAUACGUCACCCCCUGCGCUACCCCAUCCUCAUUAAUCAGAAGCUCUGCUUGCACGUGACCACAGGCUCCUGGCUUCCGGGAGGGGUGGAUGGGCUGAUGCAGCCUGGUGCCACUCUGAGCUUCCCUUACUGCCAUUCUCGAGAAAUCAACCACUUCUUUUGUGAGGCACCCACACUCACGCACCUUCCCUGUGCCCACGCUACCUUUUUUAAGUUUUUCACGUAUGUGUGUUGCCUCCUGUUGCUCUUGAUCCCUCUGGCUCUCCUUUUGGCUUCCUACAGUCUCAUCUUGGCUGCUGGGCUCCGCAUGUGGUCCACUGCAACUCAGAAGAAAGUGUUUGUCACCUGCUCCUUUCACCUGGCUGUGGUGGGGGUCUUCUGUGGCACUCUCCUACUCAUCUACGUGCGGCCCAAAUCCUACCGCUCAGUGGCCCAUGACAAGGUGGUCUCUGCUUCUUACACCAUCUUCACACCUGUGUUGAACCCCCUUAUCUACAGUGUAAGGAACAAAGACGUCAAGGGGGCUUUGAGAAAAUGUCUA